AUAAGAACAUACCAGAAAGUCCACAAGAAUUAAUGAGCAGAGAAGCAUGCCGGGAGAAUUGAAGCCGUAGAAGGGGAUGUGCACGGAUCCCAGUAUCCGACAUGCAACAUCUCCCUCUUCAGAGGACUAUUUAUUUCACUGCAUUUCUCACUCUCCUGCGCACUCCUCCCCUCCCUUUCCCUUCUCUGCCUGUAUCGCAAUCUCUCCACAAUCCUUAUGCUUCCUCAGACCUGCUCUCACUCUCCCCUUUUCCCUCCUCCCUCAUCUUUUCUCCCUGUUUCUCCCUCUUCCACUCUUUCGUUGUUUAUACCGGGGAAUGCAGUAUGUGGAAGGCUAUGGCUCUCUGGCUGUUGAUAUUUGCCACUCUGCUCCGGGCAUCCCUGCAGGGCCCCCACCAGCGGCUUCUGCUCAGGGAGCUGCUGAGGGACUACAACCCCAUGGAGAGGCCGGUGGCCAACGACUCCCAGAUUCUCACCGUGCAGUUCUCCUUUACUCUGAUGCAAGUCAUGGAUGUGGAUGAAAAGAACCAGAUCCUCACCACAAACGCCUGGCUGCAGAUGCAGUGGUAUGACCACUACCUCCAGUGGAACCAGUCAGAGUAUCCCGGUGUGAAGAACCUCCGGUUCACUUCUGACCAGAUCUGGACACCUGACAUAUUGCUUUACAACAGUGCUCAUGACAAGUUUGAUGCCACCUUUAAGACCAACGUGCUGGUGAAUUCCAGUGGCUUCUGUGAGUAUCUGCCUCCAGGAAUAUUCGUCAGCACGUGUACUGUGGAUGUGCGAUGGUUUCCGUUUGACAUCCAGCGAUGUGAAUUGAAGUUUGGCUCCUGGACAUUUGAUGGCUGGCUGCUGGACCUCCAGAUGAAGGAGGCAGAUGUGUCCGGAUACAUGACCAACGGAGAGUGGGACCUACUGGGGGUCCCUGGAGGUCGUCACGAAGUUUUCUACGACUGCUGUCCACAGCCGUACCCCGAUGUCACCUUUGUGGUGACCUUACGAAGAAGGACCUUGUUUUACGCACUCAACCUCCUCGUCCCCUGUGUGCUUCUCUCCUCCAUGACUCUGGUGUGUUUCCUGCUCCCCGCCAACUCGGGGGAGAAGAUCAGCCUGGGCAUCACGGUUCUGCUUUCUCUGACUGUCUUCAUGCUGAUGGUUGCAGAAAUUAUGCCCGCCACAUCAGAUUCUGUGCCCCUGAUAGGUCAGUACUUUGCCAGCAUCAUGGUGAUUGUCGGGACGUCGGUAGUGGCCACAGUCAUCGUCCUUCAGUUCCAUCACCACAACCCCAACAGUGGACACAUGCCACGUUGGGUGCACUUGGUUCUGCUGCAGUGGGUCCCUUGGUUUCUGCGGAUGAAGUGUCCAGGAGAGGGAGCGGACCCGACUCUCUCCGGCUGCCAGGCAGACUUUCAGAGCAAGGCCCCGUCCUCUCCUACAACCACCGCUACCACCACCACCAUCCCCACGCCAGUGCCUCCCAACCUCCCCCAGAGCCUCAACUCCCUGCAGGCCAGCCUGGCUCAGCUCAACCACCCCCACCGGCCCAACUCCCAGGCUGUCAUCUCCCCUAAUCCCGCCCACAGGGACGCCAGCGCCAGUCCGCACCCACAGCCCAACGGCCAGCUGCUUUACAUGGGCUUCCAAACGUUACAGAGCGCCGCGGAGCUGGAGUCAGUCCAGAGGAGCAGGGCCGCAACUCACGGGAGGUUCACCGACGGAGCGGCUGGAGGGGAAGGAGAGGGAGCCGAGGCAGGGGGAGGAGGAGGAGGACCAGGUGGAGAUAUGCCUAUCCAUCACGAAAUCCAAUCCUCCAAGUUUGGGAGCCCGCCACAGGACAUCCCACUGUCCCCGGACCCGGACCCAUUCACCACAUCCUCUGGACCCUGCGGCCUAGAGGCCGGGGUUGCAGCCGGCGGGAGGUCAGCUGCCGCGAUCCGAUCUGUGGCGGUGGAACACCAGCUGCACGCUCUGCUGACGGAGGUGCAGUUUUUAGUGGAGCGCGUCAAGGAGCAGGACCGGCAGCUGGGUUUGGCGGAGCAGUGGCAGUUUGCCGCGGCCGUCAUCGACCGCCUGUGCCUGAUGGGAUUCAGCGUUUUCAACAUCAUCUGCACCAUCGCUAUUCUCAUGGCUGCACCCAACUUUGGAGAGGCUCUGUCCAAAGACUUCCUCUGACGGACCAAAAACACAGAGAUGUGAAGACGAGAGGUGUUACGGAUUUGUUGGUAGCACAAUGGCUGCUGAACACAGCGAGGCAUACAACAGCAAACAUUUUUUAAGCUGGGGUGGCUGGAGAUGCAGAGAUUUUAGGAAGCCAUUUUUUGUGUGUGACAUUUUUCACGAUAUAUCCUACAAUGCUCAGAUUGCUGUUCACACGUCGUCUUAGCAAUGCUUUCUAUAAAAGUUUGAUUGAUGUGGGGAUUUUUUUCAUAAAAAACUAAUUGCAUAAUUGUCUAAUGCACUAAUUGUUUUGGUUUGGGGAUUUAACUUUGUAUUAUUUGACAGUGAAAUAAGAAGUGAAGAGCUUUGUGAAUGAGAACCCCAAGAGAAAACUCAUUCGAGAAUUAAUGUGAUUAUUAGGAAGCAUGACUUUACCAAAUUUGUUAUGAAAUGUUUGUAUUGCUGUCUUUGGAUGCGACAUGAAAAUGCUCAGCAGAGAAACUGGACACUGACAUGCUGCAUGUAAACCCGCAUUUCCUGUCAAUGCAGCUGCACGCUUCCCAAAAUGUUAUUCAUACAGCGGUACACACAGUUUAUUAUUAGUUUCUUUAAAAUUGUUAUUAUAAACUACAUAGUAUUUUGUAAUCCAACUUACUUCAACCAUUUAUCAAGAUAAUACAGAUUGGACAUCAUCUCUGCACUGUGAUGAUGACAGACUCCCAUUGGUCUCAAUGAUAUCCAGCAAAUGAUUAUAAACACACAUCAAAUCAUAGACAAUAUUAUAACAUAUUCACAAGGAACAAUGUGCAAUACAAGCCAAACACCUGCUUAACACCAACACCCCAAGGGAUUUUGUUCAAAUUACAUUUCAAAAUGAACUGUACAAUGAUGUGAUAAUUCAGCAGGGAGGAACUCUCAGUAUUGUUCCCAAAUUUGAGCUACACUUUGACUAUGGUAGCUGUAUGUGGAACAAUAUUGUUCUCCUGUGCAACACACACACCACACCACAACACCUUCUCUCAUCCACUCUCUCACCCUUUUUGUGUAUGCAGAAAAAUGUAAUCUCCAUGACCCCCGGCUGUACCCUGAAUGUAAAUUUGGACCAUACGUUUUACAGGAGUGUUGGACACUUUGAACGAGAUGUUACAGACUGAGGUGUAAACAUUGUGAAAUAAACAGCCUUGUGGUUUGUACUCUCUA